UAUCCUAACCCUGUACAUGUCAGAUAAUGCUAAUGCGAGUUAACAAAUGUUAUCUGCGAGUCAACGAGGAGGUACGCAUCCAGCUGGGCCUUUCACUGACUGGACAUAUUUUUCAAAUUUUAGAAGCUGAAUGAGUACUCUGAUUAAGUAUUUAACAGAUUGAACAUCUUCCAAGCUACAUCACAAGAUGAUGAGUUGGGAUAAAGCCAUACUGCUGGUGAUACUGACGGUUCUGACAGUAACUGUUGACACCCAACGAUGGCCCUUAUCAGGAUCAUGUAACCCUUGUAAGUGUUCAAUAAAAUAUAAAGGAUUCGAGAUUGUGAAAGGCGUCAAUUGUUUCAACCUAAAUUUGACAGAAUUCCCUUCACAUUUACCAACGGACAUGGACGUUCUUGAUUUUGCAAACAACAAUCUGCAAUCGGACAAUGUAAAGGGCGUCGGCAGAUUUCCAUUGCUACAAUUUCUCUCUCUUGUCAAUAAUAAUAUUACAAAGCUGGAUGACUCGCCGUUUUCGAAGUCAUCUUUGCUAACGUCUUUGAAAUUUGCGGGGAACGAUAUCAUAAAGCUCACAAAAAAUGCAUUUCGUGGACUGCGAAACCUAAAGACGCUGCACGGAUUGAAGAUAGAGUCAGCAGAGGCACAAAUGUUUGAAUACCUUCCACGACUAAGGGAACUGGAUUUGGAAAUUGGAUCUACUGAAAUACCAACAGGAAUAUUCGAUGGCCUGACAGUUCACUCAUUGCAGCUUACUCUUCUAAAAGCAACCAAAAUCCCUAAGGAUAUCUUUUCCUUUGGUAGAAAUACUCUGAAAAAAAUCCGCAUUGUUGGACCACAAUUAACGUCCAUGCAUGACGAUUUGUUACAAGGACUAAUGUUUUUGAUGUACAUCUACCUUGAAGUACCAAAACUGGAAACGUUACCUGAAAGGAUAUUCAAUAAAUUCCAAUUAAGUAAUUUGCAGACUAUACAGUUAGUUUCAGUACAGACUCUUCCUUCAAGUAUUUUCAGAAAUCUGAACAACAUGCAUACCCUUAAGAUCAGCAAAGCAGAAGAAUUGCCGAAACACCUUUUCAACAGUCUUCUCAGCCUUCAAGAACUUGAUUUGUCUCAGAGUUUCAUAAGCCAAAUUCCAGAUAACUGGUUUGCACGACUCGGUAACCUACUAACUCUUAACAUUAGCCAAACUAGUCUACGAAUGCUAGAUCCGGAGAGUUUAAGGGGUUUAACUCAACUAAUAGUAUUAGACAUUUCUGGAAAUUCGUUACGGUUAAUUCCUCAAGAUGCCUUCACACCGUUUCAGAAUACUCUGACGUAUCUUGAUUUGAGCGAAAAUAUUUUGAAGAAUAUUGAAACCGAUGCUUUAGGCAGAAUGCAAUCUUUGAAGACGCUUGAUCUAAGCGAUAAUAAAAUGUCAUCUUUGCAAAGUGACAUGUUCAAUGAUCUUAUUCGUCUAAGAGUUUUGAAUAUGCACGAAAAUAUGUUGUCCUUCCUGCCGGCUAAGAUAUUUCACCGUCAACAAAGACUGAGCAAACUAAAUCUAGGUUCCAACUUAUUCCGCAGCUUCCCACACGCCCUUCUCGAAUUAUCAGACGUGCUUGUCAACUUGGAUCUAUCAAACAAUCAGAUUCGUAAUAUCGACCGCUGCCUGGAAGAUAAGUUCCGGUUUCUUGAAUUUCUGUGUCUGAAAUCAAACCCUCUAAACUGCGACUGUAACAUCUUGAAACUGAAGACGUCCCACCGAAUCCUGCGCCUGCAAGCAGUGUGUGUCAGUCCAGACGAGUUUAAAAAUCAACACGUUGAUAACAUUUCCACUCCAGAUCGGUGCAUCGGUACAAAAUGUGUUGUACAGUCAGGUCGUUUGGUCUUUGUGGACAUGAUAUCGCCAACGAGAGUUGUGCUGACGGGUCCCGAGUCCGUGCUCUACGCAAGCAGUAUGGCUUCUCAGAUUGUACAGCAAAGCGAGCACGGGAACCAUCAGCAUCACGGCGGAGAGGGUCUGGAGGCCUUGUUCAACAAAAUAGAAUUCAAGGCGAUUGUCGGAGGAGUAGGAGGGUUCAUUUUUAUGUGCCUCAUUGCUGUGGUUGUAUAUGUCAAGAAAAGACACGAUAACAAAACAAGAUAUGCUGUGGCACGCCUCGAUAAAAAGAAUGGUAUCAUCAUGAUUUGGAAUGUUCUCAGACUGCUGGUGCUGACAUGUUCUGUGGUCAGAGCUGAAUCCCAGAAAUGGCCUCUGUCAGGAUCAUGCGAACCAUGCACAUGUUCUGUAAGUAAUUUAGAAUCAGAACGUAUAAGGCAUGUUGAUUGCUCCUACCUAGGCCUGACCACGAUUCCAGAAAAUCUACCAAAAGAUGUGGAUGUGCUUGAUUUCUCAAACAACAAACUGCAGUCUGACCAAGUAAAUGGAGUACAGAAAUUCCCAUUUCUUCAGUCCUUGUCUCUAGCUAACAAUGAUAUUACUACAUUGGAUGAUUCACCAUUUUCAAAAUCACCAUUGUUAAUGUCUUUGAAACUCACAGGUAACAGGAUCAGAAAGCUGACAAACAAAUCUUUUAAUGGAUUACAAAACCUCCAUACAAUGCAAGGCUUGAAGAUAGACACAGCAGAACCACAGGUCUUCGUUCAUUUGCUACAGCUUAAAGAACUUGAUCUAGAAAUUACAGCAUAUCAAAUACCAGGGAAAAUAUUUGAUGGUAUCAAAGUGCAUUCGUUAAAUCUAACUCUUCCGAAAGCAUCAGAACUUCCCAGUAAUCUCUUUGCCGUUGGAAUACAUACACUAAAAGACCUUCACAUUAUAGCACCAAAAGUAAGGAGCUUAAAUGAAGAUGUGUUCAGAGGACUAAUGUUUCUGAGAAAGAUCUAUCUAGAAAUGCCACGAUUAAUUCAUUUUCCUGAAAGUAUUUUCAAUUACCACAAUGAAAGUGAAGCUAAAGUUAACAGUAGCAAAUCCAGUAAUCUUCAAGAAAUACAGCUCAAUAAAAUACAGAAUCUUCCCACUGACGUAUUUAGCAGGCAAAAACAGCUCCUCGUUCUUGGAAUCAAGAGAGCAGAAGAACUGAAUGAUGACCUCUUUGAUGGCCUUGUCAAUCUUCAAGUGCUCGAACUAUCACAGACAUUCAUAAGCAGAAUUCCAACAAACUGGUUUGCCCAACUCGGUAAUUUGGUGUCUCUUUCUCUUAGAGAAACAAGUUUGAGAAGACUAGAUGCAGAGAGCUUUACCGGCCUAACUCAACUGAAAACCUUAGACCUGUCCUUGAAUUCAUUGAGGGUAAUCCCCAAAGAUGCCUUCACACCUCUUCAGAAUACCUUGGAGCAUCUCGACUUGAGUGGAAAUAUCUUGAAGAGUAUUGAAACAGGUGCAUUACAUGGAAUGUUUUUUCUGAAAACUCUUCAUCUCAGUGACAACAAGAUGUCAUCCUUGCAGAAUGGGCUAUUUAAUGACUUAAUUCGUUUAAGCUCGUUAAAUAUCCAGGAAAACAAGCUGUCUUUUCUGCCAGAUGACAUAUUUUCCCAACAACAAAAGCUCAACAAUGUGAAUCUUGCAUCCAAUUCAUUCAGCAACUUACCGCGUGCCUUACUUCAAGUGUCAUAUAUGUUGAUCAGUUUGGAUCUGUCUCACAAUCAAAUCCAUGACGUCGGCAUCUGCAUGACAGAAAAAUUUCCUUUUCUAGAAGUUUUGUCUCUGAACUUUAAUCCUCUGCACUGCGAUUGUAACAUCUUGCUACUGAGAGAAAUGCAACCAAACCUAAACGUUGAAGGAGAAUGCACCAGCCCAGAUGAGUUUGAAAAUCUGCAUGUCGAAAAGAUUUCCGUGCCAGACAGGUGCUUCAGCGAAAUAUGUGAUUUAGUGGAAGAAGCUGUUCCUAUAGAACCAACACCUACACCUACACCUACACCUACCAAACGUCUUCCAGGGACGGAUGCUGGUGGCAUUCAAGAUACUUACCCUGAGACUAUAGUCACUGAGCCGAUUACAAUGUCAAACACACCAAAAAUCAAGUACACAACGGCAGUGGUCUACACCGAAUCUAGCUCAAAGGACAUCCAACCAUCUACACCAGCUGUGCACCAACACAACACAGAAUAUGUCCAUAAUGAAUCAACUACCGACACAAACGUCAGGAGUACUACUCAAGUCAGUAUUCAUGGACAACCAGAGCCAGCGGGAGCAACUAGCAGUGCCACGGGAGAAAGUGGACAGACAAGCAUUUAUAAAACUGUGGAGUUCCGUGCCGUCAUUGGCACCGUGUCAGGAUGUCUCUUUCUGCUGCUGUUUGGCGUAGUUAUUUACUUGAAGAAGAAAUAUGAGAGUAAAAAGAGGUUCACACUGAAACGAAGAAAUCACUCUGAUGAUGAGUAAUGCAUGGCUAAACAGUUCAUUCAGUAGUUUUAUCAUUUUCUGCCUUGAUCCUAUUUGUGAAAUUUAUUUUGGCAUGGUUGUAGAUAUUCACAUAUUUAAAAAAAAAAGGAGGUUUAUCUGCAUAUUCUUUUUAAAAUGUUAAUCCAUUUGUUCUGCUUUUAUAUUAAACUUGAUGAAAUCAUUGUUUAUGUUUAGUUUGAUUUUGAAAUGGAUUUACAUUCAUCACAAAACAUAACUUUAUUUUGGCAUGGUUGCAGAUAUUCACAUAUUUAAAAAAAAAGGUUUAUCUGCAUAUUCUUUUUAAAAUGUUAAUCCAUUUGUUCUACUUUUAUAUUAAACUUGAUGAAAUCAU